UUGAGGGUUCUUUCCUUGAAUUAUUAGUGGAAUUAUUAAUCCUUUUCAGAUAUAAACUUUUAUGAUCAAUAUUCUUCUUCUUCUUCUUCUUUGCAUUUAUUAUCAAUAUUAUUAUAACUUAAAAGAACAUUGCGCUUUCCUUUUACGCUGUUUCUCACAAACCUUUUUGGGAUGGUGUUCCUGGGGAACGGUUUAAAGAACCGCACGGCACAUGCGAUACAUUCCAAACCAGGAAAAAUUCAAUGCCCAACUGGGUUUGAUGAACCUUCUUUUAAAUUCUUUUGGGUUAUGUUAAAAACUGUAUUUUUUUCUCCCACAUUUGACUUCUAAGCUGGGAACAGUACUAGCAUUCUUUCAGUCUUCACAUAUUUCUGCGGAUUUCGUUCAGAGAAAAUCUCGUUGACAUUUUUCUUCCUGGAACAUCUUUUUUGUUCUGCUAGAUUCUGCUUCGGGCUGCGAGAGAUAAAGGGUGUCUUUCUCCAAUAGAUUAUGAACUAACCCGAAAAGAGAGGAAUAAAGGAAGGAAAGAAGGGAAGGAGGGUGUGCAGAAUCGUUUCUGUAAUUGUAAUAUAGCUGCUUUUGAGCGAAUUCGGAUCUUUGCUGAUCUGGGUCUCAUCUGCUUCAACCAUUUCUGCAGGUUUUGGGUUUUUGCAGGGUAAAAAUCUCAUUGACCAUGAACAGAUAACAUUAUUCAUUAUGGGUUGGUUUAGCAAAAUUUUUAAGGGUUCCGGCCAUAAAGAUUCAGAUGGGCAUUUGCAUACAUGCUAUGAUGAAGAUCCAGAUCAAUAUUCACCUGGUAGUUCAGGGGAUAUAUGGCCAGAGAGUGAAGAUGAAGCUUUAGAUCAUGCCAUUCAACUCUCUCUUUUGGAAGAAAGUCAAAAGGGAAAAAAUGUGAUUGAUUGUGAUUUUCCAUUGGAGGAUGAACAACUUGCCCGAGCUCUACAAGAAAGCCUACAUGUGGAAUCUCCUCCCCAGCAUGGAUAUGGAAAUGUAUAUCAACCCACCCCAAUUUACUUCCCUUCAGUGUUGAGGAUAUGUGGUGGUUGCUACACUGAGAUUGGUUAUGGGCGAUAUCUUAAUUGUCUCAAUGCAUUUUGGCAUCCUGAAUGCUUCCGGUGUCGUGCUUGCAACCUACCCAUCUCUGAUUAUGAGUUCUCUACUUCUGGGAGUUAUCCAUACCAUAAAUCUUGCUACAGAGAGAAUUACCACCCAAAAUGUGACGUUUGCAAGCUCUUUAUUCCAACAAAUCCUGCUGGUCUAAUUGAAUAUAGGGCACAUCCAUUUUGGGUUCAGAAAUACUGCCCUUUUCAUGAACAUGAUGGCACUCCUCGGUGUUGCAGCUGUGAGCGAAUGGAGUCACGAGAGACGAGAUAUGCUGCCCUUAAGGAUGGACGGAAGCUCUGUCUGGAGUGUCUGGAAUCUGCAAUUAUGGAUACCGUUGAUUGCCAACCCCUAUAUAUUGAUAUACAAAAAUUUUAUGAAGGUCUAAAUAUGAAAGUGGAGCAGCAAAUUCCAUUACUCUUGGUUGAGAGACAAGCACUAAAUGAAGCAAGAGAAGGAGAAAAGCAUGGCCAUUAUCACAUGCCUGAGACCAGAGGGCUAUGCCUUUCUGAGGAGCAAACUAUCAGCACUAUUUUAAGGCGACCAAGGAACGGUACAGGAAAUCGAGCUAAGAAGAUGAAAACAGAGCCGUACAAACUAUCGCGUCGAUGUGAGGUUACCGCAAUUCUCAUAUUGUAUGGUCUUCCAAGGCUGCUUACCGGAUCAAUCCUAGCUCAUGAGAUGAUGCACGCAUGGCUGCGUCUUCAAGCAUCUAAAAUAUAUCGAUUUCUUCUUCUAAAAUCAUAUCAAGGUUUAAAGGAAUGGCCUCAUAUGUCAAAUUGUGCGAUCACUCUGUGUUGAGUUUGGUCAGUCAAUUAUUAAAUUACCAAAAAUGCUCAAUUGUUUCUUUUGUGAUUGACUCUGAUUCAACAUAUUGUGAGCUUUAAGAUUUUAAAGAUGCUGACAUAUAUGCUGCACACAUGAAAGGUUACCCGAAUCUCAGUCAAGACGUCGAGGAAGGUAUCUGUCAGGUUCUAGCUCACAUGUGGUUGGAAUCCAAGCUCAAGUCUGGAUCAGGCAGCAAUGUUGCAUCAACCUCAUCAUCUGCUUCCACCGCACCCAAAAGCAGUAUGAUAUCUCAAUAUGAAAGAGAGCUAGGGGAUUUCUUCAAACAUCAGAUCAAAUCAGACAUUUCGCCGGUGUAUGGAGGCGGAUUCAGAGCCGGUCAACAGGCAGUGCAUCAAUAUGGUCUUCAGGAGACCCUUAACCAAAUAUGGAUGACAGGGAGAUUUCCGUAUUGAUAUCUAGCUCCCUGGAUUUCUAUUCAUGUGCGGCGAUGUGCCUCUCUUUCUUUCCACUAAGUCUGAGGGUUGGCCUUUUCAUAUUUUAAAUCCCCUAGGCCAAAU